CCCCAAUUUUCUUGGUUUCAGAUUGAAAGCAAGGGCAGUUGAUGACUAACAAAACCUGUUACAGAUAUUUUUUUUUUUUGGGACUAGGCAGCUCAGAUCAAUAUAUAGCAAAGUAACAGGCUGCAUUUAAAGUGAGAUGAGCAAUGAUGAUGACUUCACCUUUUGUCAGGUUGGUUCAUCUGCCAACGCAGACAGUUUGGGACCUCAGGAAACUGUGCCUCACAUUUCUGGUAUCACUAUCAAGGAGGAUUUUCCAAAUGGAGCAAGUAUUGAUGACAAAGAUGGGUUUUUGAGGAGAGAUAAGACAUUAGACGGUGCCACCUCUAACAAGCAUGGAACAGUUGGUUCUUUGUCUUUUAAUGUUAUUGAUAUGUCACGUCCAAACCAGCUGGGUGAAUCAUCAAAACAAAAGGCAUCAGAGCAUGCUGGAGAUUUGGGUAAAGGUUCACAGGGACUGAAGACUUCUGUCAAAAAGCCUGCAGCUCGCGCCAAGGUUCCUUUUGAGAAAGGAUAUAGUCAAAUGGACUGGUUAAAGCUUACACGGACACAUCCUGAUCUUGCAGGAAUAAAGGGACAAUCAAAUAAAAGGCUUAUUUCCAUGGAUGAAGUUAAACAACACCAACAAGAAGGUUCCACUUGGACUGUCUUAAAAGGUCAUGUGUACAAUAUAUCACCCUACAUGAAGUUUCACCCUGGAGGGGUUGAUAUGCUAAUGAAGGCGGCUGGGAAAGAUUGCACAUCUUUGUUCAAUAAAUACCAUGCUUGGGUGAAUGCUGAGUUCCUAUUGGAGAAGUGCCUGGUAGGAACUUUAGAUGAUAAUAGAUGAUGUGUCAUGGAAGUUCGAUCAUUUAGAAGUGGUUCUCUGCCACAUCAAAAUCAUACUUAGAAAGAUUAGCUUGAGCGAAUAGCAAACUAUAAGUCAAUAAAAAUAUUUUACUUUUCUUCCAUAAUAUGUAUUUCUCUAACAUUACAAAGCUGAUAAGCCCUUUGAAGAAUGCAUCUGCUUCUCAAA